UAAUGGAGGCCGGACGCAGCCGAGGCUUUGGAUUCGUCAGCUUCUCCACCCUCAACGAUGCGACCACGGCCGCGUCUGUCAUGAACGGGCGAGUGGUUGCCGGCAGGGCGUUGCGGGUCACUCUGUCUCGUCACUAUGAGCAGAAGACCCAGGCUGAGAAGCAGGACAGCAGCAGUGAAUCGCUUCCUGCUGGACGGUUUACGUCUGCUGUUCCACAAGUUCAAAAACGCCUUGACGUUCAGCCUGAAAACCAGCUCGCGCUCCAGCCCGUCAGUCGACAGACAGCAGCGUGCGACCUCGCUCAGAGUGAGAGUCUCUGUCCACCGAUGCCUGUCGUCCUGUGGGAUGAUGUUCGUACUCGGCCUCAGCGCCUGCUGGUCUCUCAGGUGCUUCUGGAAUACCGGGUCAGUGCUCACGCAUCAUGCAUCUGA